GUUAACUAUUCGCUUGUUUGUGAACUUCUGUGUGGGAAAAAUUUGUGCAAGAUAAAAAUACAGUUUUAUUUAUUCUAACAAAGUAAUUGUGUGGAAUUUUGAACUUUGGUUUUAAAAAAGAAUUUAAAAAUGCCAUUACCAGCUGCAUUAGCUGCCCGAUUAGCCAAAAGGGGUAUUAUUACAAAUUCCGAUAAACCUGAGACGGCAAGAAAAGAACCAAAAAAGAAGGUUCAUGAAGAAGUAAUUGCUGAAGAUUACGAUAGUACAAAAGAUGAUCUCAGCCAAAUUGAUCUUUCACAACAAUUUAUGGGACAUCCUGGCUGUCCAAAUAAGUACAAUAUUUAUCACGAAUGUAGUAGAAAAUGUAAAGAAAUUUGGGGAGCUGGACAUUUGCAACCAACGGAAGAUUAUUUGAAAAAACAAAUGCGUAUGCUUCAAAAAUAUCCUUUACCGGAAACUUGGAAGGCUGUUUAUGAUCCGGGAACAGGGCAACAUUAUUACUGGGAUUGGUCUUCAGAUUUAGUAACCUGGUUACCUCCAGGACAUCCUAAAUGUCAAAUUUCACAACCUGCUUCUCAAUUAAGAGAAGAAUUGCAUCUAAAAGCUGCUGAUCAAGAUGACAAUAUGUCUAGUGAUGAAAGUGCUAGCGAUCAAGAGCCAAUGGAUGUUGACGAAGAAGUAAGAAAAGAUCGCAAGCAAGACACAAGAGAAAGACGUGAAGUCAAAAAAGUCCCGCGGAAAGAGAUAAAAGAUAAAAAGGAUCGUUCUUUAGAUCCUAUGGAUCCUGCAGCUUACAGUGAUAUACCUAGGGGUAAAUGGUCUGAUGGAUUAGCUCGUCAUAAUGAGGCAAAAACUGGUGCAGAUACAACAGCAUCUGGGCCUUUAUAUCAAAUGAGGCCGUAUCCAAGUCCUGGUGCAGUUCUACGUUCAAAUAAAAAUAGUAAACCAGAUCCUGAAACCUCUAGUAAACCUAAGGUUUCAUUCCCUGAAAAACCAGAAUAAUUUUAUUUUUCCCCAAGGUAUGAAUUUAAGUUUUAAAUUUAAUUUACAUCAUUUCAAAAUAAAAUGAAUGUCUUUAUAUGAGAAAA